AUGAUCGACCACGUCUACAUCUCCGUCGCCAACCUGACCCGCUCCGCGGCGUUCUACAAGCAGUUCCUCGCCUCGCUCGGCUGGCGCGAGUUCGGCCUGCACAAGAGCACCGCCGCCGGCGUGCCCGACCUGCACGGCUUCCUCGAGGCCGCCUACGGCAACGGGCAGAUCGGCUGCUCCAUCUGGCUGCGCCAGCGGCAGGCGGGCGAGACGGGCCUGUACAUCGGCCUGGUUGCCGACUCGCCCGAGGAGGUCAACGCUGCCGCCGACGCUGCGGUCGCGGCCGGCGCGACCCUCGAGUCGCCCACCGGUAACCGCGACCACUUUGGCCCCGGCUACUACGCCGCCAACGUCGUCGACUUUGACGGCAACCGUAUCGAGAUUGGUGACCGGAACCCACCUCCACCCACACGCCCACACACGAUUAAUGCAUGCAACAUAUGA